AUGUGGUCUAUCUUCUACAAGAAAGCCCGGUACAAGGUCGAUGUCCAGCAAAAUACUGCCUUAAAAAGAUUAAAUACUGAUCUAAAAAAGCCUGACAGAAGAGCUCAUAUACGCAAAUGUGUUCAACGUGUAAUAGCUUUAGAUCUUUACGUCCCAGAGUCACAAUUGAAAUUUUGUUAUGAGUGCAUGAAAUGGUUGCAAGCAAGUCAAAUGGCGAGUCCACUGCUAUUCUCAUAUCUAGUCAUAGAAAAAGCAGCAUUAUGA